AUGCCACGCGACCAAAUAGGGGAGACGCGGGCGGCCCUGAAAUUCACGAAGAUUUGCCAGUACUGGCAGAAGAAAGGAAGAUGCCAUCUCGGUGACUUGUGCACAUAUGCACAUUCCUGGUCUGAAUUGCGUGAACAGCCGAACUUAGCAGCGACGGCGCUUUGUACCAAGUUCAAACGCAAGGGUUACUGCGCAAAGGGUGCUGCCUGCAGGUUUGCCCACGGUCAGUCUGAGCUCCGAAGACUACCUGACACCAGCGAGAUUUGCCACGACGACCUGAAGAAAGAGGAGAUGAACCCGAGCCCUGUCCUGUGGCACAGUGCGACGAUGGACCAGCCUCUGGCAUCGGACCAGAUCACUUCCAGUCCGCUGAUUGCUAUACAACUGGACACAGCCAGGGACAGCCACGCCCAAGCCUUGCCGCAGAACUCGCCGGUCGUUGGCUCUGGUGUGGCUCCUUCGCCAGUGUCGGGCCUGGAUACAGAGCUGGUAGAGCAGAACGAGUUCCUUAUCGGACAGGCCUUGAUGCGGGAUCUCAUGCGGGACGGUCCGGAUCAGAAUUCUGCUGCUCGGAAUGAGCCCUCGCUAGCACGCGCCGGUGUGCCCGUGGCCCCGAGCUGGGUAGGCCAGGAGUUGGCAAAGUCCAGAUUCGUGAGCUACGUGGGACAGCCUUUUGCACCGAUCUAA